AUGUUGACCCUCAAUAUUUCUAAAUCCAUCUCUAUAGUAACCAUUUUAUUAGUUCUACAUGCUUUCUAUUACACAACAAAGGCUCAAAACUGUGGUUGUUCAUCAGACCUAUGUUGUAGUCGGUUUGGGUUUUGCGGUAACACUUCAGACUAUUGUGGUGUAGGUUGUCAACAAGGGCCUUGUUUUGCUCCUCCUCCAGCCAAUGAUGUAUCAGUGGCUGAGAUUGCUACUCAAGAUUUCUUUAAUGGAAUCAUCAGUCAAGCCGCGUCUAGUUGCGCGGGGAUUAGAUUUUACAGCCGAGGAGCUUUUCUUGAGGCCUUAGAGUCCUAUUCUCGUUUCGGUAGGAUUGGAUCCGUGGAUGAUUCUAGGCGUGAGAUCGCAUCGUUCUUUGCCCAUGUCACACAUGAAACUGGACAUUUCUGCUACAUAGAAGAGAUAGACGGAGCCUCGAAAGAUUACUGCGACGAAAAUGCAACGCAAUACCCAUGUAAUCCUAACAAAGGUUAUUUCGGCCGUGGACCAAUCCAACUCUCUUGGAAUUUCAACUACGGGCCAGCAGGGACCGCAAUUGGUUUCGACGGCCUCAAUGCGCCAGAAACAGUAGCCACGGAUCCAGUCAUUUCCUUCAAGACCGCCUUGUGGUUCUGGACCAAUAAUGUUCAGCCUGUUCUCUCUCAAGGUUUUGGUGCAACAAUCCGCGCCAUUAACGGCGCUUUGGAAUGCGACGGGGCCAACACAGCCACGGUACAAGCUAGGGUUCGCUACUAUACCGAUUACUGUCGUCUAUUUGGUGUUGAUCCCGGAAACAACCUCACUUGCUAA